GGAGAGUCGUUCCCGAGAGCACAUGCGCCCCAAAGCCCGGUGCGCGCGGGCACACAGGCUGGCACACUCACGCGCACACACUCAAACACACACGCACACUCGCACUUAGGUUCUCUGUAGGUGUGUGGGUCCAAAGUUGCGGCCGCGGGAGGAUGAGCUGAAAUGGACCGGUCUUCCUUGGUGCCUAGAGCGCUCAGCGCAGCUUUCCCGGAGACCCCCAGAUGGACAAGAGGGAAAGAGGAAUGCCACACACCGCUUAGAGUUGUCUGCUCCUUUUCAGGGGAGAUCAGCGCGAAAGGCAGACUGCCCCACGCCUCUGGAAUAUGCCUGCCGAGUGGAGCAGAAGCGAGUGUUCUUGGAGAGGUCAUGAACUUGGGCCACCUGGGCUCACUGGCAACUUGUUGUGCGCAGUUCUCAAUGGAGCCCUGGACCCACGGGGCUCCGGGCCCGCCCGCUUUUUCUUUUUUUUCUCUUUGCUUUUUCUCUCUUUUUCCAGUGUGUGAACUUGAAGCGGAAAGCAGACAGGCGCUUCGCAUACUUCGGCGGUAAGUGGACUGUUCCUUGUACCUAUUAUUUAACCCUUGAGAGUCCAGAAAACCUCCAAUCCAACCAUUUAAAAAAAGUUACCAUCGUUUCCCUCCAUCCUUUUCGGCAAUAAGAAAGUGUGUGUGUGUGUGUGUGUGUGUGUGUGUGUGUGUGUUGUUUGGGGACAUAACUGUUUUGGAAGAGGGGUGAUGAGUGGAGGUGAGAAAAGAGACCUGAGUGGAUAAAACCAGAAGACUCAGGGGUGGCAGAGGAGGUGAGAGGGAGGGCAGCGGAGCCCAGCGCCUGAGCGAUUGCCUCCGGCUACUGCUUCUUGGACCGAGUUUCCAGCUCCAAGUUCCCUGCAAGGCUGCCCUCCAGCUGCAAACGGCCGCCCCUGCAAGGCUAGACCCAAGGGGGCCUUGGGAGGAGGCCCCCACCCUCCUGCCUCCUUUCUGGGCCUCCUUCCUCGGUUCUGAAUGGGGACAAGACCCCUCCCCUCCCCUUUCUGCCUCGGGCCUCUGUUGCCUCUCUCCUUGGUCCUCCCUGCACCUCCCCCAACCCCUUUUGCAAAAGCUCAAAUGAUGUCACAGAGGAGGAGGGGGUCCUGUGCCCCUAGCGCCUGAAGGCAUCACUAUAUUGCAUCCCGCAGCAUUCUACCCAAUCUUCCUUGUAAUCCACUAAAAAUAUUCCCUUCCAAACACCACUAACACCCUCCCCCCUCCCAACACCUCCCUUCCCAGGACACCAGUCCUUUACAGACAGGGCUAGAAGUCCCCAUACCCAGCACCCACGCUAUCCCCCUCCUAAAUUAGAAAGAAAUCAGCUGAGCGCCCAAAGAGCCUCUCCUCCCUGGUGUUUUGGUGUCUUUUUCCCUCUGGGCUUACCCUUCUAGUGGAAGGAAAAAGAGGAAGGAGGAAGGAGAGAGGGAGAGAGGGAGAGGGAGAGAGAGGGAGAGAGAGAGAGCAGAGAGCCCCCUAGACGGAGGACUGCUGCUGAACUGAUUGUAGGCUCUCUGCGCCGCCUGCCCGCCUGGUUCCUGCUUCCCCAAAGUGCCUUCCCUCCUUCAGCAGCAAUUCCUCUCCAGCCAUCUCCCUCCCCGGCCUCUCCUCCCCACCUCUUUCGCCCGUCUCUCUCCCCUCCACCUAACCCCACCUUCACUCUCCUCUCCGAGGGGGGAGGCUGGGGGUGCGGAAAGCACACCCCAAAGCCCCAGCCCCGGCAGAGAUGUCGAAGAAACGCAAAGCCCUGGAGGGUGGAGGACAGUCGGGGCUCCCAGAGGAGGAGCCCACUGCCUGCUUUGAGGGCGGCAGCCAGGAGGAAGCCAGCUGCCUCCCCUUCACACUUAAAAGUGGGAGCAAAGGACCCGCUUUGCUGACACUGAGAAGCAGGCCAGACACCCAGGAGCAGAUGAGCAAUGACCCAGCAGAAGGCAGCCUGGACUCUUGUGAUGCAACAGGUUUGACAGAUGAAAAAGUGAAGGCAUAUCUUUCUCUUCACCCCCAGGUAUUAGAUGAAUUUGUAUCUGAAAGUGUUAGUGCAGAGACUGUAGAAAAAUGGCUGAAGAGGAAAAACAACAAACCAGAAGAUGAAUCAUCUCCUAAGGAAGUCAGCAGGUAUCAAGAUACAAAUAUGCAGGGAGUUGUAUACGAACUAAACAGCUAUAUAGAACAACGGUUGGAUACAGGAGGAGACAACCAACUACUCCUCUAUGAAUUGAGUAGCAUCAUUAAAAUUGCCACAAAAGCUGAUGGAUUUGCACUGUAUUUCCUUGGAGAGUGUAAUAAUAGCCUUUGUGUGUUUACCCCACCUGGAAUCAAGGAAGGAAAACCCAGGCUCAUCCCCGCUGGGCCCAUCGCCCAGGGCACCACCACCUCUGCCUAUGUGGCCAAGUCCAGAAAAACGUUGCUAGUAGAAGACAUCCUUGGGGACGAACGAUUUCCAAGAGGUACCGGACUGGAAUCAGGGACGCGUAUCCAGUCUGUUCUUUGUUUGCCAAUUGUCACGGCGAUCGGUGAUUUGAUCGGCAUCCUUGAGCUGUACCGGCACUGGGGCAAGGAAGCCUUCUGUCUGAGUCAUCAGGAGGUUGCAACAGCAAAUCUUGCCUGGGCUUCAGUAGCCAUACAUCAGGUUCAGGUAUGCAGAGGUCUUGCCAAACAAACUGAAUUGAAUGACUUUCUGCUCGACGUAUCAAAAACGUAUUUUGAUAACAUAGUUGCAAUAGAUUCUCUACUUGAACACAUAAUGAUAUAUGCAAAAAACCUGGUGAAUGCCGAUCGUUGUGCGCUUUUCCAGGUAGACCAUAAGAGCAAGGAGUUAUAUUCGGACCUUUUUGAUAUCGGAGAGGAAAAGGAAGGAAAACCUGUCUUCAAGAAGACCAAAGAAAUAAGAUUUUCAAUUGAGAAAGGAAUUGCUGGUCAAGUAGCAAGAACAGGGGAAGUCCUGAACAUUCCAGAUGCCUAUGCUGACCCACGCUUUAACAGAGAGGUGGACCUGUACACAGGCUACACGACCCGGAACAUCCUGUGCAUGCCCAUCGUGAGUCGGGGCAGCGUGAUAGGCGUGGUGCAGAUGGUGAACAAAAUCAGCGGUAGUGCCUUCUCUAAGACGGACGAAAACAACUUCAAGAUGUUUGCUGUCUUUUGUGCUUUAGCCUUACACUGUGCCAAUAUGUAUCAUAGAAUUCGUCAUUCGGAGUGCAUUUACCGGGUCACCAUGGAGAAGCUGUCCUAUCAUAGCAUUUGUACUUCAGAGGAAUGGCAAGGCCUCAUGCAUUUCAACCUUCCCGCCCGUCUUUGCAAAGAAAUUGAACUGUUCCACUUUGACAUCGGUCCCUUUGAAAACAUGUGGCCUGGAAUUUUCGUCUACAUGGUCCACCAGUCCUGUGGGACAGCCUGCUUUGAGCUUGAAAAGUUGUGUCGUUUUAUCAUGUCUGUGAAGAAAAACUAUCGUCGGGUCCCUUACCACAACUGGAAGCACGCGGUCACGGUGGCACACUGCAUGUACGCCAUACUCCAGAACAACCACGGGCUCUUCACCGAACUCGAGCGCAAGGGACUGCUAAUUGCGUGUCUGUGCCAUGACCUGGACCACAGGGGCUUCAGUAACAGCUACCUGCAGAAAUUCGACCACCCCCUCGCAGCACUAUACUCCACGUCGACCAUGGAACAGCAUCACUUCUCCCAGACCGUUUCCAUCCUUCAGUUGGAGGGGCACAAUAUCUUCUCCACCCUGAGCUCCAGUGAAUAUGAGCAGGUGCUUGAGAUCAUCCGCAAAGCCAUCAUUGCCACAGACCUCGCGUUAUACUUCGGAAACAGGAAGCAGUUGGAAGAGAUGUACCAGACCGGAUCGCUAAACCUUAAUAAUCAAUCACAUAGAGACCGUGUCAUUGGUUUGAUGAUGACUGCCUGUGAUCUUUGUUCUGUGACAAAGCUGUGGCCAGUAACAAAAUUGACGGCAAAUGAUAUAUACGCAGAAUUCUGGGCUGAGGGUGAUGAAAUGAAGAAGCUGGGAAUACAGCCUAUUCCCAUGAUGGACAGAGACAAGAAGGACGAAGUCCCACAAGGCCAGCUUGGAUUCUACAAUGCCGUGGCCAUUCCCUGCUACACCACGCUCACCCAGAUCUUCCCGCCCACAGAGCCUCUCCUGAAAGCCUGCAGGAAUAACCUGAGCCAGUGGGAGAAGGUGAUUCGAGGGGAGGAGAGUGCCGUGUGGAUCUCGAACCCGCCGGCGGCCCAGGGGACCUCGGAGAAGCUGCCCGUGAAGAUCGAUGACUGAUGGCCGCCCCUGAGCCCCCCCACCUGAAGAUGUUCAUCUUGCUUCUUUGACUUUUCUUCCUUUUAUUUUUGUGGGGGGAACCUACACCUGGUAACUGGGAUGCAGACCUCUUCAAGAAGGUACCAUCAAGUAAACACAUCCAGCAGACGGCUCCCUGCCAGGCUCCUCUGUACUGCGUCACAGACGGUGAUCAGCCAGGACCAGAAAUCCACAGCCCCAGUGACUCCUUGUGAACUGGCCUUUUCUAAUGGGCUAAUAUAGCUGAGGCCUUAAUGGAAACGGACAAUUGUUCGGAAGGGGGUACUUUUCCACUGUAUCUUUCCAGUGAGGGUUAAAACGGUACUAUUAGGAUAUUGUACUUUGGCUUUAACACCAGUGUUGCUUUGAUGUUGUUGGUUAUAAAUAGGAAAUUUUACGUGUUACUCUUGUGGAUGUUCAUGUGUGACCUACUUGUAAUUAGCGUGAAUCAUAGCAGACAGCCUCAGAAACGUGGCAUCGAGGUUACAGAGUAAGAAGCACCUUUCUGCAAUCAGUGAUGGAAAAUCGAUCCUUCUUCAGAGCCUCAUGAAUUAAAAAUUAGGUGGACUUAAAGCGUGUUCUGUAAGCUUAUACUACAGGGCUUAGAUGAAUAAAUUUAACACUAAAGGAAGCAGAUUUUCUAUCCCCUUGAGACGAGAUGCAGGUAUACAUCAUACUAAAUCUCAAAAAUCCAAGUAUCAAUUCAAAAAAUGUCAGAGAAUAUUUUUUCUUUACUUUUUUCUUUAUUGUAGUCUUGGCAAAUUUCCUAAACCCUUUACAUAGAGAACAAAAUAAAAGCAAGGCAUACAAUUUUUUUUCAACGGACAAGUC